GAUGUCGGCGUAGCGACUUUGCUGUGUGUUUUUUAAUCUUCUCGGGAACCGACACCCGGGUGCGCGAGGAGGGCAGCUGUCUCGAGAGCAAUAAACGCCGGUUAUUUUAAGGGACUGCGCGCGCUUCUCUCUCAGGAUGGCAAAUGAACCCGUUAUUCUUAAUGUGUAUGACAUGUACUGGAUAAAUGAAUACACCUCCACUCUGGGUAUUGGAGUCUUCCACUCAGGAAUAGAGAUUUAUGGCAGAGAGUUUGCAUAUGGCGGCCAUCCGUAUCCCUUCAGUGGCAUUUUUGAGAUCAACCCUGGAAAUGCCUCAGAACUGGGGGAGACUUUCAAAUUCAAAGAUGCUAUAGCUCUGGGUACGACAGACUUUGCAGAGGAGGACAUUGAUAAAAUAAUGGAGGAGUUGGGAAAGGAGUUCAAGGGGAACGCCUACCACCUGAUGCACAAAAACUGCAACCAUUUUUCUUCUUCGCUGUCUGAGUUGCUGUGUGGUAGAGAGAUCCCACGCUGGGUCAAUCGAUUGGCAUAUUUCAGCUCCUGUAUUCCAUUUCUGCAGAGUUGUCUGCCUAAAGAGUGGCUCACACCCGCCGCGCUCCAGAGCCAUAUCAGCAUGGGCCUUCGGAAGGAGAACACACACUCACACACACACGAUUCCAGCGACGAUGAGCCCUCGUCUGCUAUGGAGGCGGCCGCUGGAACAUCACACAGCUGCAGGCACACCCGCGUGUGAUCUUACAUAUAUAUUUACACGCAGUAUUACACUAAUUUGAACACACAUACACUCCAACCUCUGAUCCUGCUGCUACAGCGCCUCCUGCUGGACUGGAUGAACACCAGACCUCAUGGCCUCUCUGAAUGAGGAAAUCAAAGUCAUGUUUUUCAGUAGAACCUACAGGGAUUUCAAAACCUUGCAGUGG